AUAGAAGAGAAGAGAAAAGAAAAGGAAAGAAAAAAGGGUUUGGCAGAACACGAUCCCCACAAUUCAGGGCAACCUUGUUUGGAGAACCUAAGUUUCAAUACCUUUUCUCUUUCCGCAAGAAAAUUCAAAAUUCCAAUUCCGCAAAUCGAGAAUUCCCUCCCUUCUUUGCCCUUUCUCUCUCACUCUCUCUCUUUUUCUGUAACAUCGUAAUCGAUCAGUUGAAAGCUUAGAGGAGAGUGAGUUGGAGAAGGUUCUGGAAGGAUCCAUCGAUGGCGGGGUACAAGGCUGAUGACGAGUACGAUUACCUUUUCAAGCUGGUUCUGAUCGGCGAUUCCGGCGUGGGGAAGUCCAACCUGCUCUCGCGCUUCACGCGGAACGAGUUCAAUUUGGAGUCCAAGUCUACCAUAGGAGUUGAGUUCGCCACCAAGAGUUUGAAUAUCGAUUCCAAGGUUAUCAAGGCUCAGAUUUGGGACACCGCUGGCCAGGAAAGGUACCGUGCCAUUACUAGUGCUUACUACCGAGGAGCUGUUGGUGCCUUACUUGUCUAUGAUGUCACGCGCCGUGCCACAUUUGAGAAUGCUGCAAGAUGGUUGAAAGAGUUGAGAGAUCACACAGACCCCAACAUUGUGGUCAUGCUUAUUGGAAAUAAGUCAGAUCUUCGACACCUUGUUGCUGUUCCAACAGAAGAUGGGAAAUCUUUUGCAGAGAGGGAAUCUCUGUACUUCAUGGAGACUUCUGCUUUAGAAGCAACCAAUGUUGAAAAUGCAUUUACUGAGGUUCUUUCUCAGAUUUAUCGCAUAGUGAGCAAGAGAGCAGUUGAGGCUGGCGACAACGGCAGUUCCUCCACUGUCCCGUCUAAAGGACAGACUAUAAACGUUAAAGACGAUUCCUCAGUUUUGAAGAAAAUUGGAUGCUGCUCGAACUAGAUGCUUCAUCUAUGGCAGUGGUUUUUAUGGCCUGUUUCAUCUUGUAAAUGCCUACACUGGAAUUGGGAUAUCGUGUAGAAUAAGGCUAGUCUUGCAUAUUAUUUUGAACAGUGUUUACAAUUCACAAGCAUCAUACGCAGGAUUUAUGUUUCGUAAAACGGUCAUUCUAAAACGUGUUUGAAACAAAUAGGUUUACACCCAGGUUCAUCAUAUAGUUUUAAGUUUUAUGUGCAGGAUCUUGAUAUUUGCUAUUCUCUAAUUAUGAUGCAGCUAGUGGCAGUUCGACCAUCUAUUUUACAACUGAA